ACACACAUCCAUUGUCAUUUGACAGAAGAUAAAGAAAACACUGAAGUAUGUUCGAUCGAAAUGGCAGCCUGGCGUUAGAAUUCAAUGUGUAUGAAAGAGAUGUGUGACUCGACCCGACCGUGGUGAUGUGAUAUGUGCAGAUGGCAGGGGAACAUGACGGUACAUCACAUACUAGUAGCUAUGUAGAUGAAAGAGAUGUAGGCAAGAAGGUAGACAAAGUACGAGCAUUACACACACUAAAAAAUCAUCGAGAAGUAGAAGAUGUAUAUGACGAGUUUGCAGGAUAUUAUGACGAGUUUGUGUUAUCUUUGGAAUAUUCCGGACCAUACUUCACUUCAAGAACAGUGGCCAGGAUAGAACCGAGGAAGGAUGCAAAGAUGCUGGAUGUUGCGUGCGGGACAGGACUGCUUGGUGAUGAGUUACACAAACUGGGAUACACAGAGAUUGUUGGAGUAGACCUGUCAAAAACAUCCCUUGAUGUUCUGGCAAAGAAGGGAUCAUACAGAUGUGCCUUUCAUGCGAACUUUGGACCAAACACUCCUUUGGAUUUUGACGAUGGUUAUUUCGAUGUCGCCAUGAGCACUGGAAGCUUCCUCCCUAUGCAUCUGAAUGAGAAAUGUUUACCUGAGAUGAUACGUCUUGUACGAAAAGGAGGGUACAUCAUCAUCACAACUCGGAAGUACAUAUUCGAAGGAGAAACGGGCGAUAUGAAACUCAGACCUGGUCUCAUCCAAUUAACAAAAGAUGGCGCUCUCACCAAAAUAGCUCAUGAGGAAAAUUUGUAUGAGAAGGACGGAGAUGAUCACGUGAUUGGAAUAACAUUGAUAUAUCAAGUUAUGUGAUGUUCCAAAGAGUUUCGAUGAAAGCAUGAGAAUAGAAUAACUUGAAGUAUCCAACCUCGAUGUUUUAAAGGCAAAUUGAGUGCAUAUCUAAAGAUAUAAAGAUACGAAUAUUAACUGUGGAUUGAUAUUAUAAUUAUUACAAGAGAGAGAUGCGGCAAGCAGUUUUACCCCCCCCCCCUUCGUCCCAAUAGGGCUAAAUAACUUGGUGGGUAAAAGAAAUAUUGCCGGGCCAAGAACUGACGUAAAACUUAACCUUAACCUCUCACCAGCGUCGUGCCCAGGAUUUUCCAAAAGGGGGCAAAUUUUUUGGAGGAUAUUUAGUUUCAAGUUCAAAAGAGGGGGCACACGUCUGAUUUCAUUGCAUUGUAAAAUUACAAAUUAUAAAAAGGGGGGCACGUCCCCUGGAUCAGUUGUGAUACUCUGAGGUACGCUAGUGCCUCUCACACACAGAAUGUUAUGCGGGACCUGCCAAAGGCUUUCCCAUCUGAGUUUGGUUGUAGAGUGUUUCAUGAAGAGUUAUUUUAGUGAUAUGCACUGACAGGAGUCAUUAGCUACUGCAAAUCCGUGUAUCUGAUUUGCUGAACGUAAUAAAAAAAUGACAACUCUUUAAUUCUACUUCGGUUGUAUACCUAAACAAUCUCUUUGCCUGGUCCAAAUAUUUCCAGAGCAAAACACUCUGGCCGGUCAAAAUUCUCUAGAUAAGAAAGUAACCGUGGUAAAAGAUCCCCCGCAACGAGCAUAUGCCUUGCUCAAGUUCUCUACUUGAGUAUUUUCCUGUAAUACUGUGAAAACUAAACAAAUCAAUGAACUAAAAUUAAAUUAGUACAUGGGACGGAAAAUGAACAUUAAUGUUUUUGUAUUUUUGCAAUAAAGAUUUGUUUAAUAUUCCA